AUGAUCUCUAAGGUUUCCCUUUCUCAUAUCGUCAAGAAUUUCUGCUAAAGAUUUCAUACUUUGCUAAGUAAACUAUUUGGCUCUUAUGAAAUCUAUUUUAGAAAAUCAGAUUUUAUUUUUGUCCUACCCAUUUACACUACUUUGCUUUAAGACUUUAAGGUUAUAACUCGCAAUUCGUCCAUUUCAGUAUAUUUAAAUGGAUUUCAUAAAUAAGAAACAAUUUUUAUUAGUGAAAAAUUGUUAAAAAUCACAAUACUCAAUUUUCAUGUAUUUUGGAUUUCAGCAUUUAUUAUUAAAUCUAACAAAUUGUAAGUAGUAUUGGCUGAGAAUUUUGAGGAAAUUUUGGUCAUGUUUUUAUAAGUCCAUAAUAUUUUUCUUUUAGAAUUUUCAUAAUAAUAAUCAUAGAAGAUGAUAUUUUUCACUUUAAUCCUUAUUGUUCAAAGUUUCUUAUGGAAAUACGAAGAUUAUACAUUAUAUCUAACGAAUGGAAAGUAUUUAGAAUAUCCUAUGAACACAUUAUUUAAUAUUUUGCAUAAUAUCAUCACUAUUUAUCCAUUAAAACAUUAUUCUCAUCUCAGUUUAUAAAUUUAACAUCAUACUAAAAUUAAUUUAUAUAGAUUUGUAUUCCAUUAAGAGAAAACCCAUAUAUAUAUACUUUACAAAAAAUAAAUAUCAUACUUUAUCAUUAGUUAGAAUUAUACUUUAGAAUAAACAUAUCCAUUUUAUUUGUAAAAAGAAGCAGAAGCUGAUAAUUUUCAAGUUUAUUAUGAUUAUUAAGCUUAUUCUUAAUGCGAUUUAUUAUUGAUUAAUUUCUAUCCUAAAAAUGGAAGAAUAGCAACAAAUGAAUACUUAGGAUGUUAAAAUAACAUUCUUUUUGAAUAUCAAUAUACAAUAUUUAUCAUCAACAAUAAAAUUGAUUUAGUCUUUUUGGAUAAUGAAUUCGAACUAAUUUAAUCAUAAAUGUAUCUUACACUAUAUUAACAAUAUCAUGACCUCUAUUGGCUAUAUUGCAAUUGA